CCUCUCUUCAGGCCCCCCUCUUCAGGCCCCCCUCUUCAGGCCCCCCUCUUCAGGGCCCCCUCUUCAGGCCCCCUCUUCAGGCCCCCCUCUUCAGGCCCCCCUCUUCAGGCCCCUCUCUUCAGGCCCCCCUCUUCAGGCCCCCCUCUUCAGGCCCCCCUCUUCAGGGCCCCCUCUUCAGGCCCCCUCUUCAGGCCCCCCUCUUCAGGCCCCCCUCUUCAGGCCCCCCUCUUCAGGCCCCCCUCUUCAGGCCCCCCUCUUCAGCCCCCCUCUUCAGGCCCCCUCUUCAGGCCCACCUCUUCAGGCCCCCCUCUUCAGGCCCCCCUCUUCAGGGCCCCCUCUUCAGGCCCCCCUCUUCAGGCCCCCCUCUUCAGGCCCCCCUCUUCAGGCCCCCUCUUCAGGCCCCCCUCUUCAGGCCCCCCUCUUCAGGGCCCCCUCUUCAGGCCCCCCUCUUCAGGCCCAUCUCUUCAGGCCCCCCUCUUCAGGCCCCCCUCUUCAGGCCCCCUCUUCAGGCCCCCCUCUUCAGGCCCCCCUCUUCAGGCCCAUCUCUUCAGGCCCCCCUCUUCAGGCCCCCCUCUUCAGGCCCCCCUCUUCAGGCCCCCUCUUCAGGCCCCCUCUUCAGGCCCCCCUCUUCAGGCCCCCCUCUUCAGGCCCCCCUCUUCAGGCCCCCCUCUUCAGGCCCCC